AUGUCAAGUUUUGCUCGAAGCUUUUCGAAUACUACACAGCUGUAUAAAAAGAAGGACAAAGCCAAAAAUAUUGCGGCGGCAGGGUCGGAAGCGAAGAAAUCAAAGAUAGGAGUGGUCUCUGAGGACCCAUCUGAUCUCUCCCUGUUACAACAGGGAAUUGCAACUGCUGUGUCCCAGUUUAAAGAUGAUCUUUCAAAGCUUCGCAUGGGCGGAAGGAUCAGCACAGAUGUUAUCGAGGGCCUCCGUGUUCAGUUGCCCAAAGGCAGCAAACAAAGAGUGAAAUUAGCAGACUUGGCACAAGUCGUUCCGAAAGGUGGACGGAUGGUAACUGUUCUAGUGCCAGAAGUUGAUUAUCUAAAACCAAUCACCUCAGCUAUCCUUUCUUCCAAUUUGUCCUUGACCCCCCAGCCAGACGCUCAUAAUGCUCUUCAGCUUAAUGUCCCAAUUCCACCCCCUACGAAAGAGUCGCGUGAGAAGACCGUUGUUUUUGCCAAAAUGGCAAUGGAGAAGGCCAUUACUGCAGUCCGAGACUCAAGGAGCUCUGUCCACAGACGCCUGCAAGAUAUGCAGAAGAGGAAAACUGCUAGACCCGAUGACAUUCGAAAGGUGCAAGAGCAGAUGGAGAAGUUAACAGAAAAGGGACAGAAAGAAGUAAAGGAGUUGUUUGAAGUCGCAAAGAAGAGCAUGGAGCGUACAUGA